AUGGAGAUUUACGUACUGGACAAUUACUAUCUUGCUAUUACCCUUUUAGUCACGAUCGGAUACCAAUUAUUCUUUUUUGCCAUUGCGUUCUCUUUCAAAUUUGACAAGGUCACUGAUUUCGCUGGUGGAACCAACUUCGUCGUUUUAGCUGUAAUUACUCUAGCGUUGAGCGGACAUCAUCAUGCGCGUCAAAUCGUGGCCUCCCUCUUCAUUAUAGUCUGGGGCCUUCGGCUCUCAGCCUUUCUCCUCUUUCGAAUUAUCAAGACCGGCAAGGAUGAUCGCUUUGAUGACAAGCGCGACAAAUUCUUCCCGUUUCUUGGUUUUUGGGUAUUCCAGAUGCUCUGGGUUUGGACAGUAUCCUUUCCGGUCACAGUCCUAAAUUCGCCGAACGUUACUCAAUACCCGCAACCAGAUUUUGGGACUGGUCGAGACAUUGCAGGUGUGGUGCUAUUUGCUGCUGGAUUUAUUAUGGAGAGCGUGAGCGAUAUACAGAAAUACCGUUUCAGGAGUGGACAGAGCGACAAGUCCGCAAUCUGUGAUAAGGGUUUCUUUUACUGGACGAGACAUCCAAACUACUUCGGAGAGAUCAUACUCCAAUUCAGUAUCUUUAUGAUUUGCGUCUCCCCAGUAGCAGAUGGCCACGUACAGGGUCAAGCUUACAAUGCGCUCUAUGCUACAAUUAUUGGGCCUUUGUUCCUCACGAUCCUCCUCUUUUUUGUGUCUGGUUUGACACUUCAAGAAAGACCUGGGGCAAAGAAGCGCUACCAACAAAACAACCAAUGGGAGGAGUAUUCGAGAUACUUGGAUCGGACAAGUAUCUUGAUUCCAUUCCCUCCGAAAUUAUACCAGAUGAUGCCCAGAAUUUUGAAACGGACUAUUUUCUUGGAGUUCCCAAUCUAUGUAUUUGAUCCGGCGAAGCAUGGUGAUGGUGGCAGCGUUCAUAGGUCCGUGGGAGAAGGCGAUACGAAUAGCCACGAUCAACAAAGUAAUUGGGACAGUAGAGAUCAAUUACCACAGGAGAGAUAG